AUGCGCACUUAUUAUGGUUCAUAUCUGCUGACAAUACAUCAGGUGCUCUUCGCCACGGCCCUCCCUGUUCAUCGAUUUUUUGGUCCGUCAAGAUACCUGGAACCUGAAUGCGACCGAGGUGAUCAAGAUCUCUAUGAUGGCGAAUUACUAACAUUAUCACUCAACGAUCCAGGUGCUGACGUGACUCCUACCACUGACAACUUACCUCAACCUACGCCGUCGAUACCAGGUCUGCCUCCUCACCCAGUACGGAAUGUUGACGGCGUUGACAUAGCGGUUUUAGGUGAUACCCCCGAUGCCAAUUAUGCACUGGAUGCCUAUGACGCAGACGUCGAAUCGCAAAGCUAUUCGUCUGCAAUUACCUUUACCGAUCCACAACUGAGUAUCCAGACCAUCACCAUCACCGCAUUACCUUCCUCGCAAGUCCCAACUGUGACUUCCGCAAGCCAAAGCUUUCCAGACACAACCGGAUCAUUGAUCACGACCCUUGAAACCGAAGGAAAUCCUCCUGUACAGCCUUUCCCCACAAGUAUUCAGACUGUUGCGUCGGCCACGUUAGAACCUUUGAAUGGCACUGCUCCCUUCGGCAAUUCAACGGCCUUUAGUACGACGAGCACAGUGACCGAGACCAUCACAUUGCCACUGACAACUUUCGAAAGCGUCUCGACCACGCAGACCGUGGCAACGGUGGCCGUGGAAACGACCGCGGUUAUAACUGCUGUCACAGUCCUCAACACCACUAUUUCUGCCAGUGGGUCUAUUAUAGCAACAUCAUCUGCAGGCACGACGGUCCUUACCACAACUGGGACAGCACUCGUCGAAACAACUUUGACUGCCUCGUCAACAGUGACUGGGACGUUAGCCACUACCUUGACGACGGCUCUCGGUUCUAUCCCAAGCCUCCCCACCUCCAGUCCGACCUGCUUGGUGAGCAUGGGUUGCUCUGGACAGGACAUUUUCCAGCCUAUUGCGCUAGGGCAGCCUCCCAACAACAUCGAACAAAGAGGUGGGCACCUCGUUCCGCGACUUGGGAUUGUGGAUAUUGGCGGCCCCAUUGAGACAAACAAAUUCUACGAAAACUUCGUGCUGGGCUCCCAGAGUUCUCCUGGCUUUACGAUGCCGUACUCCUUAGCUUGGAGCAAGGGGAGUGGGAAUGCCUUGAGUUGGGGAAUGGCGAUAUCGCAUCUUGAUGACAGCCAGAAGGUUUUUGGGCCGAACAAUACUGCUAUACCAGGUGCACCAGCCUCCUACUACAUCAAUGGGCUUGGGAUUCAGUCGUUGAUCCUAUCCGCCAGCGAAUUCGACUCCAAUACAGUUCUGACCGCGGAUUCCUUGUUGGCAUUCUCUGCGAACAUCCAUCUUCAGCCGUCAGCAGGCUCAGCUUCGGUGCUUACCAUACCAGUGGUCCAAGGUAUGUCAUUUGUCACUGGGCAAUAUGUCAAUCUGCAACCAGCCAUACAAAGCAGUGUCUUUUUCCGGAAUGUUGCUGCAGCGGGCCAACCGAAACCGGGCAUCUUCAAAUACAGGGUCACUUUAGAAGACGGAAAAUUGUGGCUGAUAUAUGCUAUACCAGCCAAUGGACUCACACCCAACUUUCAGCUCGUCUCAAGUACGUUACUCCGAGGCUUGCUGAAUUGGUAUGGGGAUAUACAGAUUGCGAAGCUCCCUGACGAAAGUCUGGAGUCUAUCUAUGAUGAUGCUGUCGGGGCCUAUCCAACUGCUGGGCAUAUUUCGGGCUCCGCACAAAACACGACCGCUCAAUACUGUUUGUCCUGGUCCAAGGGCGGGGCGUAUUCGAGCAACACGACUCUUCUCAUGUUUGCGCUGCCGCAUCACCUUGAGUCCUUUGACAAUUUUACCCAAAGCAAUGUCACGGCCAUUGAACUAGCCACCACAACCAAGGGCAACGCGACAGCUGUUGUAGGGGACUACUGGGUAUUGGAAGAGCGCGACCUCCCAAUCUCUCUAGGAUUUGCACCCUGGCGACCGGAAAAUUCAAUGAAUUCCCAAGGCGUGGCUACCCUCUCUCCCGCGGCGCUUACCGUCAUACAAAACGUCUCUGCAUCUGAAGCCUCCCAGAACAUGUCAACCCAAACAAACCUCAACAGCAUGUACUAUAGCGGAAAGGCUCUGAGCAAAUUCGCGCAGCUUGUUUACACCAUGCAUGAUCUCGCGAAUCAGCAAGACCUGGCAAAUGCCGCGUUACUGGAGCUUGAAAGCUGCUUCGAGGUCUUCGCAAACAAUCAACAACAGUAUCCCCUGCUCUACGACACCGACUGGAAGGGCCUUGUGUCCUCAGCGAGUUAUGUGACGGGUGACUCCGGUGCAGACUUUGGGAACUCGUACUACAACGAUCACCAUUUUCACUAUGGCUACUUCCUCCAUGCCGCUGCUGUCAUCGGUUAUCUCGAUCCUACGUGGCUCAAUCAGAAUAAGGACUAUGUGAACGCUUUAGCUCGCGAUGUCUCCAAUCCUAGCGCUCUGGAUCAGUAUUUUCCAGUUUUCCGAUCUUUUGACUGGUUUCAUGGACAUUCUUGGGCUAAAGGGCUUUUUGAAUCUGGCGAUGGCAAGGAUGAAGAAUCCUCUUCUGAGGAUACUAUGUUUGCAUACGGGCUGAAAAUGUGGGGCAAGACAGUUGGCGAUGCCUCGAUGGAAGCUCGUGGCAAUCUGAUGCUCGCUGUCCUGGCACGGAGUCUGCAGAACUAUUUCCUGAUGACAUCGGACAACACCAAUCAACCUGCGCCUUUCAUUGACAACAAGGUCACCGGCAUCCUGUUUGAGAACAAAGCAGAUCAUACGACCUACUUUGGUAAUGAUCUGAGCUAUAUUCAGGGCAUCCACAUGAUUCCCGUCAUGCCUUUCUCGACGUUGACCCGGACAGAGCAAUUUGUAACAGAGGAAUGGAUCGCAUACUUUGCAGACGGAGCCGUUCGACAAGCUACAGACAUUACUGGUGGCUGGAAAGGCAUCGUAUAUGCGAAUUUGGCGAUCAUUAAUCCAACAGCAGCGUACAACUUCUUCACUCAGCCUAAUUUUGACAUGAGUUGGAUCGACGGUGGAGCAUCCCUGACGUGGUACAUCGCACUAAGUGCUCUAUUAGGAGGGGCGUCGUCAUAG